AUGGCGACGACCAUUCCGACCUCCUCGCAAUCCGCCAACCUAGCCUACCAUCUCUCAGACAUCACCCUCUCCCCCAUCCUCUCCUCGAACCAAUCCUCCCCACGGGCUCUGCAAUCACUCACCACCACCGCCCUCACAGCAUCCGAUCUUGCGUCCCGACUCGGCCUCGGAACCCCCCAGAGAAUCAUGAUCGAAACGAAGGGACCAUUAAUCCUGCACUCCUUUCUAAAUCCCCAAUCGCAGACCCCACCACCGAGAACACCACAGGCAAUUAUCGAGCAGGCGCGAGACGAAUUACGGCCAUUGAGUGGAAAUACCGAGACGACGGAAACGGAUAGCCCAAUACACAGAGAAAAUCAACUGACGGGUAGCGCACCACUAACCAAUGGCACAUCAACCAUCGCGAAUCCUACCGAGUCAACCGAGGAGAGUGGUCCGGCGCAACCCCCAUUGUUGGUCGCAACCGUCAUUGCACCUUCGAUCGCGGACGCGAGAGAAGCUAGGAGAUUAGCAGGCAGAAUAGAGAGGAUUGGGAAGGAUUUUCAGCGGGAAUGGGUUGUGGAGCAGACACAGACUGAGGAGAGAGAGAGCGAUGGAGGCUCGGAAGGGGAGGAUGGUUGA